UUACGUACCGAGUUCUACUGGCCCGGCAUCUAUGCGGACGUCCAACAUUAUGUGAAAGAAUGCGUGGAUUGUGCCAGUGGAAAAGGGGCGCCCCCGAAUGCUGGACCUUCGCCAGAAAACAUUGAACCGCGGUAUCCCUUUGAAGCAGUCUCUAUGGAUUUCGUGACGCAUAUGCGCGAGUCAGCUAGAGGGAAUACGUUCCUCUUGUUGUUUCAGGACAUGUUUUCAGGCUAUGUGAUGUGCAAGCCCAUGUCAUCUACUACCGCUCAAGACGUCGCUGAGGCUUAUGAGGAGCAAGUGUUUCAGAGAUUCGGGGCGUCUUCCAUGAUACGGCACGAUCAGGAUCCGCGUUUCAUGAGUGAAGUGUUCACAAGGUUCCGAGAACUCUUAGGUAGCCGACAGCCUACACUAGGAUAUCACCCACAAGCGAAUGGGCAGCAGGAGAGAUCUGUACAAACGGUCAUUCGGAGUGUUCGAGCAUACGGCGCCGAGAUGGAUCAGUCCGACUGGGAUGAUCACGCUGAGCGACAGAUGUUUGUCCUGAAUGUCUCGUUCGACGCGACUAGACUGGACACCCAUUUCUAUUUAGUUCAUGGUUGGGAUGCCCGCAGUACGGUUCCAGCAAUGUUGGGUCCAAAACCUUCAAGCGUUCCUGAACGCAGCGCCUAUGAGUGGCGACGGAAGCUGCAGCGGGAAUACAGCUACGCAUUUGCUUGCGCUGGGGAUCUCCAGAAAAAAGCUAAGAAGAUGCGCUCGGACGAACAAACUCGAAAGUGGUUGGAACUCUCAGAGAGGGUCAAGGCCGGUUUUGAGAAGGGCGACUCUGUUUGGUUGUAUAUCCCGAAAGUUCAGACUGGAUUGAGCCGGAAGCCACACAUGUGGCACGGGCCAUUCAGGAUCGACGAAAUUCGGGAUGACUUCCGUGUGAAAAUAAAGGUGGAAGAUACAGGGUAUCGUGUUAACCCUUGGUCGACUCAAGCCGAGAGUAGUCUUCCCAAAGAGACCAGCCUGUGGUGUCGGGAUUUCCAGCACGCGUGA